AUGGAAAUUCAUUCUAUCGAAGAGGCAGGAGCAUUCUACAGAGCAUAUGGUAGGAGUAGGGGGUUUAUAACACGCAAGAGGUCAUCAUAUGCCACUAGACGAGGACCACAAAUAACUAGAGUGAUUUUCGUAUGUUGUUGUGAGGGAUUGCACAAGAAACAUGUGGAUUCAAAUGAUGACGAUGGUGAGAAGAAGAAAAAUGGUGCUUCAACUAUGAGAACUGGUUGUGAGGCUAUGCUUCGGAUAGCUUUGAAUACAAAAUGUAACACAUGGUAUGUUAAUGAGUUUAAGGAUCAUCACAACCAUGACAUGGUACCACCUAGAAAACAAGUUUUUAUGAAGUCGAACAAGGUUUUUCCUCCUGCGACUACAAAUUUGGCAGAAGCAUCUAGCAAGCACACUACAAAACAGAAGGCUUUUAGGGAUGGUCAGAAAAACGUCCCAACAACCGGAAAGCCGCCCCAAAAAGAUAUUAGGGACGUUUGUUGCUGCGUCCCCAGAUCCACCGUCACUAAUACUAUUAGGGACGGAUUUUCCUUCUAG